AAUGAUUCAUAUAAAUCAAAUAUUUAAAUAUGAUUGGAAUACAACAAUAUCUUUUGAAAUCUCUCAAGAAAUGUAUUUUACAUCGUUUUUAUCGAAAUAUUUCAAACAUGCCGAUUGACGAUGAAAAAGCGAAAUGUGUAAAAGAUAAAGGAAAUGAGCAAAAAUCGAAAGAAGAAAUGAAUGUUAACAUUAAAACUCAAUUCAAAGAUUAUGAUUCCUUUCUACCAGAUCACAAAGGUGAUAUAAAAGUUUGUAUGAUAGGAGGCAGCGAAUCAUUGAUGUAUGCGGCUCUUCUUUUGAAACAAUUUCGUCUCAUAAAACAGAUACAUGUGGUAGACACAAAAAAUUCAUUUUCUAAUGCAAUUUUAGAUAUUAAUCACAUUGAUACAUCAACUCGUAUAAAAUGCUUUAAGAGAAAACAUUUGAAACAAGCUCUUAAAGAAAUAAACAUUAUUGCAUUAAUGGAUGAGAUAAAUCCCAAUAUAAAUUUAAAUCUCACUUCUCAAUUUGAGGCUGUCUCUCCAUAUGUGUGUGAAAUGGCUGAACAAAUGGCACAAUUUAAUUCAGAAUCUUUGGUAGCUGUUUUCGUUCGACCAGUUACGGCUACGCUUCCUACAGUAUCAGAAAUUUACAAACUUGCUGGAUGGUGGGAUCCGGAUAGAAUUAUUGGUUCUACAGCGCUUGAUCGUAUGCGAAUGGAAGCAUUAACCGCGAAUCUCUUGGAUUUAAAUCCUGCCUUUUUAUCGGUUCCAUUGGUUGGUGGUGCAGAUUUAAAUACUAUUGUUCCUCUUUUAUCAUGUGCUACUCCAAUCAAUCGGUUUACCAAUGCACAACAAGAUAUGUUGUUACAAUCAUUACGUAGUGCUGAUAAAGAAAUGGCAAAUAUUGAAUUGAAAAGUCCAACAUUAUCUGAUGGAGCAGCAGCUGCCAAAUUAAUUCUAGCUCUUGCUGGAGGACUUAGUGGUUUUAAAAAUAUUAUUUCUUCUGCUUAUGUGCGAUCAAAUGUUUUGCCAGUAUGCCGAUAUUUUACGAGUGAAUUGCAAUUCGGACCAGGCGGUAUACAAAAAAAUUUUGGAUUGCCGAAAAUGUCAUCUACGGAAAUAAUGCUGGUCGAACAGGCAAUUCCUUGUAUUAAUAAAUGUAUUGGAAUGGCAACAAAAGCAGUUCAUUAUAAUAGACAUAUCACAUUGAAAACUGUAUAA